UAGAGAGGAGAGCAGUUUCUGUGGAAGAGCAGAGCAGCAGGGGGAGAUGAAGGGAGGACGUACCCCCCAGCGGGCUGUGCUCGGGAUCCACGGGGACUAGGUAAUAAAGGUUCUCUCUCUACUAUCUGAUCCUAUAAUGUACAUCAGUAGUGCAGCAUUAGUUUGUCAUAGUGGGAAAGAGUAAAGGAAUACUACACUGGACUAGUCCUGGGAAGGUUGCUUUGAAAACAGAAGCCAUGGCAGGACUCCAGAGAACUACCAAGGACCUUCCGGGGGUUUGGAGGACAAACUAGAAGGAUGGAUGAGGAGGAAGCCCCAGUUCCUGAUGCCCCAGACUUUCCUGUCCCAGAGGACCCAGCAGAGGCCCCUUACCUAGGGGCCCCAGAAGAUCCCCCAGUAGAGGGUGGUGUGGAGGCCGGAGGAGUUCAGCCAUCCAGAGACAGCCGUAAACUGGACUGUAUCAUCUGCUACUGUGCCUUCAACCUGACUGAGAGGCUGCCACGCAAGCUCUACUGCAGCCACACCUUCUGCCAGGCCUGCCUGAGACGCCUCGACACCAUCCUCAAUGAACAGAUGUGGAUCCCCUGUCCACAGUGUCGGCAGAACACACCCCUCCCACGCGGGGGCGCUACAGCCCUGGACCUGGACCUAGUAGCCUUCUUGGGGGUCAAGGCAGAGAUGGAAAACCAGAGGUCCUGCUCACGGCAGGAAAGAAGAGAGCUAGGCACCCAGCUGGAGCACAAGCCCUCUUUUGGGAAGCAGUCCAUCAUAGAGCAGCCUCAGGCCACCUGGAACCAUGGUGGAUUGGCUGAGCCUCGCUUCCAUAGGAGCCCCUGCUGUAGGUGCUUCUUCUGCUGCUGGUGGUGCUGCUAGGUUGCUCAGGCCUGUAUGAAUGACAGGAGUUGGUUAAAGCAUCUGGCCAAGAGUUCCCAUUACAGUACCUCCUGCAGCUGAUUAUAGACACCUGGGCUUCCAAGGCUACAAAGUGGAAAAUACCUAACACCUGUCUGCCUUGACCUGACCAGGACAGACACCAGGCCCUAGUUGUGUGUGAUUACACUACUGAGAAAAACAGUGGUCAGGAGACAAAGUUGUGCAGGGGGACAACAUCAAGUCUAUCGUUUUACAAAGAUACUUUGAUUUGAAGACUCAUAGAAAAAUGUUUCAGCGCUCAAAAAGGGAUGCUUGAUAAGGACCUCAGUUUUGAGCUUGCCUACAACCCCCCAAAAUCCUCUGCUGCCUCUUUUCAAAUAGGCAACAGGACAUAUGGGCUAUUGGUACCUUGUGGGACAGUCAACUGUUUAAUCAUUAUAUGCACACCUUGUUGAGUUAUAGUACCAUUUGUAAGUGUGUUGAAUGAAUAUAUAUAACCAUUUUGUAAUGUGCAAGUGUAAAAUAAUGAAAGAUA